CUACCACCUGGUCGGGAUCAGCUUCUUCAUUUUGGGUCUGGGCACCCUCCUCCCCUGGAACUUCUUCAUUACCGCCAUCCCGGUGAGACCCGCGGCCGAUGGGCAACCGCAUGGCCACAAACCUCCUUCCCUCCAGUCGUCUUGGACUGCGGUUCAGGAGCCGCUUUCCUCACCAGGCCACCUACUACAACUCAGCUGUCAGCGAAAGCACCAGACUCAUAGAGGGAACCGCCUCUCGCCUGGCCAGGCAAACUUUUAGGAAUGUCCAGAUCCCAGAGGGGCAGGGCCAUCAACGCAGGGAAUUUGACUAGCAAAGGAGCUACCAUCCCAUGUCCUUUGUCGCUAUUUCUGGCCACUCACUCCAAAAGUGUUUUUUUCAAGCCUUUGGCUUUCUUUGCAAUGACACGAAUUACAUUCAUUCAACUAAUACGUAAUGGGCAACUACUGUAGACUAGGCAUUGCAGAUGUGGAGGAACCGUAAGGGAGGAAGGCCCUAUUCCCCAAAGCAUGCAUUCUUUUAUGGAAAGGCAGAAAUAUAUAGCUUGUGUUUUCUUUGGGAUAGGGUUAUUCAAAGAUAUUCAGGGGGUUAACUUCCCAGGUGUCUGUGGAAUACCUAAAUCAGUGCUGGACCCUGGAUACCAAGAUGAAUCAGCUACUGAAUUUGAGAUCCACAGAGCCUGGGCUAUUAAUAAUGUAACAUGACACAUGCCAUUCCAUUCCAGCCUGAAGCAGAGUGCUAAGGGCUCUCAGAAGAACUUUCUCCUGCUUCAAAGAAGAGACUUGUAAACUAGGAAAUGAACAGACAAAGGGUGGGGGGAAUUCAGAGUGGAGGUAAAGAAGACCCUAUUUAGAGAAAGAUCUGGGGCCUACAGCUUACCAGAAUGGAGCAGAAGACAGACAAAAAAAGGAGUCUGAGAUCUGAUUCUAAAGGAUCCAAACACAUGAGGUCUGCCUCGCAGGCCAUGGGCAGUUCAAGCAGAAGAGUGCUGGGAUAUGUGUGCCCGAGAGAAUGUAUUGGCUUAAUACCUACGCUGGAGCCUGGCACACAUACUUCCAGGGGCGGUUGGCAGGGACCAACAGCAGCGCUGAGACCCCGAGCACCAACCACACCAGUCCCACAGACACCUUCAACUUCAACAACUGGGUGACACUGCUGUCCCAGCUGCCUCUACUGCUCUUCACGCUCCUCAACUCCUUCUUGUAUCAGUGCAUCCCUGAGUCGGUGCGUAUUCUGGGCAGCCUGCUGGCCAUACUACUGCUCUUUGCCCUGACAGCAGCGCUGGUGAAGGUGGAUUUGAGCCCCGGGCUGUUCUUUUCCAUCACCAUGGCAUCCGUCUGGUUCAUCAAUUCCUUCUGUGCAGUGCUUCAAGGCAGCCUCUUUGGGCAGUUGGGUACCAUGCCUUCUACCUACAGCACCCUCUUCCUCAGUGGCCAGGGCCUGGCUGGGAUCUUCGCUGCCCUUGCUAUGCUCACGUCCUUAGCCAGUGGCGUGGACCCCCAGACCUCUGCCCUUGGGUACUUCAUCACACCCUGUGUGGGCAUCCUCCUCUCCAUCAUAUGUUACCUCAGUCUGCCCCAUCUGAAGUUUGCCCGUUACUACCUGACCAAGAAGCCUCAGGCCCCAGUUCAGGAGCUGGAGACCAAAGCUGAGCUCCUCGGAGCUGAUGAGAAGAAUGGGAUUCCUGUCAGCCCCCAGCAGGCAGGCCCAACUCUGGAUCUUGACCCAGAGAAGGAGCUGGAGCUGGGGCUGGAGGAACCACAGAAGCCAGGAAAACCUUCGGUCUUUGUCGUCUUCCGGAAGAUCUGGCUGACGGCGCUGUGCCUUGUGUUGGUCUUCACAGUCACCCUGUCGGUCUUUCCUGCUAUCACAGCCAUGGUGACCACCAGCUCCAAUAGCCCCGGGAAGUGGAGUCAGUUCUUCAACCCUAUCUGUUGCUUCCUGCUCUUCAACGUCAUGGAUUGGCUGGGCCGGAGCCUGACUUCCUACUUCCUGUGGCCAGAUGAGGACAGCCAGCUGCUGCCCCUGCUGGUGUGCCUGCGCUUCCUGUUCGUGCCCCUCUUCAUGCUGUGUCAUGUGCCCCAGCGUGCCCGGCUGCCCAUCAUCUUCUGGCAGGAUGCCUACUUCAUCACAUUCAUGCUGCUCUUCGCCAUUUCCAACGGCUACUUCGUGUCUCUCACCAUGUGUCUGGCACCCAGGCAGGUGCUGCCGCAUGAGAGGGAGGUGGCCGGAGCCCUCAUGACCUUCUUCCUGGCCCUGGGACUCUCCUGCGGAGCCUCUCUCUCCUUCCUCUUUAAGGCUUUACUCUGAGGACCACCGCACUCCACAGUCCUCCCUCACUGCUGCUUCUGGAGCUGGACAUUCCCGGGGAAGGACCUCUGCUAUACCGGGUCUCUUGGUCUGUGGGUGCCAGGAGGGGGCAGAAACUACCUUGGCUGGUAGCCACAUUGCAUAUGGUGAGGAAGAAUCCACCAUCGGUCCUUCUGCCCCUCAGCUAGCAGUAAACUGGACAGAGAGACAUGGAUCUCACUGAGAUGCACAGAAGAUCACAUUGGAAGGCACCCGUCCAGGGAAAGAGGGCACAGGGCCGGGGCCCGAGCCCUUCACUGCCAUCCGGACUAUAUCUGUUCAUCAAACCACCCACUGACCCCAGGGAGCAAAGCCACCUAUAGGUCUUGCUUAGAACACCCUGAUGGUCUCUACCUCGGCUCAGAGUGGGAACUGGGCCCAGCUCCAGAGCAACAACUUCCCCCUCUCACCCACAAGGCCCUGGGUAGGGCAUGAAGUGUUGUGGAAAUUGAGGGGAAGACAAAAAGGCCUCUGUGAGGCCUUUAGGACAAGCUGGGCAGGGAUCAUCCCCAGGUGGGAUUCGACUGGUCUAUGGAAGAGUAAGGCUACGGCCUUCAUCUCCCUCCUAGAAGGUGCUGACCCUGUGGCCCACCGCUUGCUUCAUUCCUCAAAGGUCUCCAGAGAGGUGCCCAGAGCACUUGCUCCCAUCUCCUCACCCCAUUUCUCCUCACUCUGUUCCCGCAUCCAGUAAAAAGUGUUCAUUUCUA